CUGUGUGCUCUCCUCCAUCACGUCUUUGUCACAGUGGUCCCUCAUCCCUUGCUCAACGCACUUGGUUGCCUUUUUUGUCAAGUCGUGUUCCAACGCGUCCUGUAUGAAGCUGACUAGCCGUGGGGGAAAUGAGCUGUCUAGACACCACCCGACCCGUGCUGAGCCCCCAGUCUCCCGAACCGUCCAUCCAUCACCGCGUCCACCCCACAUCGCUAACCCAAGUCGCGCUCUCGUCUCCCUCUCUCAUACACGCACAAACCAGAGCCCGCUGAGGCUUUUGACAAACAAAAAAAAAGAAGAGACAUUAAAAAAAAGACGGUCCCGGCACUUCCAAUUGGAAUGAAAGUGCAUGGACGCAGAGGGAGUCCGGCCCACAGCCUACUUGCCCACACUUUCAG